UUUUUUUUUUUCUCAUUUGCAUUUGGUUGAAAAUUGAAAUCAGUUGCCGUCAUCAUGGAUAACACAAUUUGGUUGAAUGGAUUUUCCUCCAUGGACAUGGAGUCUCCAGCAGCAGUGACAGAAUUUCUGGAGGCAUAUACCGGAGAAGGAACUGUUCAUGAUGUAAAGCUUUUUCCUCCCAAAGUUGGAAAGUCAAGAACAUUUGCCAUUGUUCGGUUCACACAUGCAGAAUUUGCUGAUAUGAUAAUUGCAUUAGCCGAUCAUCGGAUCCUGUGGUACAAUGAGUCUUAUUUGAUAGCUAAAAAAUCGAGGUUUGGCAUCGUGCCCGACUCAGAAAUCUUUCAGCACUGCAUGGAACUUGUACGACUUCACUUGGGAUGCAAGAUUUCUGAGGAACAGUUUUCUGUGCUUUGGGAAAGAUCGGAUGUUUUGGUGAAAUUUGGGGUGGGACUUAAGAACAUCUACUUGUUUUUCUCUUAUGCUUCGGUUGAUUACAAGCUUGAGAUCACGCUUGAAAAUGAUAGCCAGAUUGAGCUACGUCGUCCACACGGUCAACUUACAAAGUUUCUUCUCAUCCAGUUACUUGGUGCCCCUCGGCUUCUCAAGAAAGCUUCCGGACAGUGGGUUCGAGGAGUUGAUUUUACUCCUUCAUGCUGCAUUGGACAAUCUUCUGCUGUAUGUUUGGAGCUUCUACCUAGGUGCGAGCUUCCAAAUCUACGCAAAAGUUUUAUUCAUUAUAAAGAAUACGACGGACCAUUCGUUCUGGAGAGAGGAGAUGCUGCCAUCAACAGUACCAACAUGGUCAAGACAAUUCGGUUGCAUGGAUUCCCCUCCAUUGAGUCUCCAGAAGCGGUGACAGAAUUUCUUGAGGAAUAUACUGGGAAAGCAACUGUUUCUGAUGUACAGAUUCUUCCGCCUAAAGAUGGAAAAUCAAGAGCAUCUGCCAUAGUUGAAUUCACACAUGCAGAAUAUGCUGACGUGAUAAUUCCAUUAGCCGAUGAUCGACGUCUGUGGUACGGGGAUUCUUAUCUGAAAGCUAGAAAGCAGAAGCUUGAAAACUUUGAACAUAACAUGGAACUUAUAAAGCUGCACUCGGGCUUCCUGACUUCUGAGGAACACUUUUCUGUGCUUUGGACAACAUCGGAUGUUUCAGUGAAAUUCGGGACGGCAUUUAAGAAUAUCUACCUAUUGUUUUCUUUUGAUGAUGUUGAAUACAAGCUAGAGAUCUCCCCUGAAAGUAUUAGCCAGAUUGAGCUAAAUCAUCCACGGGGCCAAUUUCCAAAGUUUCUUGUAAUCCAGUUACUUGGUGCCCCUCGGAUUUUCAAGAAAGAUUCUCAAAAUCGCUGGGUUCGAGAAGUUGAUUUCACUCCUUCAUGCUGCAUUGGGCAAUCUUCUGCUGUAUGCUUGGAACUUCCACCUAGGUGUGAGCUUCCAAAUCUGCGCAAGUGUUUUGUUGAUUAUAAAGAAAAUGAAGGUCGGUUCAUCCUGGAGGAAGGCAACACUUUCUCCUGCAAUUCAGAUCUUGUUCCUAUUGUAGGUCCACCCAUGGGCAUUAACUUGUCAUACAAAAUCCUGUUUAAGAUAAAUUCCUUGGUUCAGCAUGGAUGUGUUCCUGGGAAAGCACUUGAUGUCAAUUUUUAUGAGCUAGUUGAUCCUAGUAGAAUAAGAAUUGAAUACAUAGAGUGUGCCCUGGACAAGCUCUUUCGGUUAAAGGGGUGCUGCUAUGAGCCUGUGAGUUGGCUUACUGAGCAGUACAGAGAGUACAUGGCAUGCAAGCGAAUUCCUCAGUCGCCUGCUAUUUCUUUAGAUGAUGGGAUGGUGUAUGUGCACAGGGUUCAAGUAACACCGACUAAAGUUUAUUUCUGUGGUCCAGAGGCCAAUCUAUCCAACCGUGUUUUACGAAAUUAUUCUGAACAUGUUGAUAAUUUUCUUCGUGUUUCUUUCGUCGACGAGGACAUGGGUCUGAUACAUUCAGGAGAUUUAUGCCCGCUUACGAAUUGUACAACUUCUACAGAAGAGGAAAGGAGAACUGGAGUUUAUGACAGGAUACUUUCUACUCUAAGAAAUGGCAUGGUCAUUGGUCAAAAGAAGUUUGAGUUUCUUGCCCAUUCGGCGAGUCAACUGCGAGAGCAUUCUGUGUGGAUGUUUGCAUCAACAAGUGAGGUGACUGCACAAGACAUCAGAAACUGGAUGGGUGAUUUUAGUGACAUCAGAAAUGCGUCAAAAUAUGCUGCCAGGUUAGGUCAGGCUUUCAGCUCUUCCUGGAAGACUUUUGAUGUUGAUAGGGAUGAAAUCGAACUCAUUCCCGAUGUUGAAAUUGAAAGAGGUGGAGUCAAAUAUUGUUUCUCUGAUGGAAUUGGGAAGAUAUCUGCUGAGUUUGCUGGAAGAGUGGCAAUCAAGUGCGGCAAAAUUACUACUCCGUCUGCCUUUCAAAUUCGAUACGGCGGCUAUAAAGGUGUUGUGGCAGUUGAUCCUACAUUGUCAAAGAAGUUGGCGCUGCGAGAUAGCAUGUGCAAGUACCAAUCCAACAACGCAACACUCAAUGUUCUGGCAUGGAGCAGGUACCAAGCUUGUUUCCUUAACCGUCAAGUGAUCACCCUUCUGUCCACCCUCGGAGUCUCCGAUCAUGUUUUUGUGAAAAAGCAAAAACAGGCUUUGAAACAGCUGGAAGGUGUUUUGUCUGACCCGUUAAGAGCGCAGGAAGCACUUGAAAUCAUAUUCCAGGGAGUCUUCACCAACGUUUUGAAGGAAAUGCUUGUGUGUGGUUAUAAGCCAGAUGCAGAACCAUUUCUGUCAUUGAUGCUACAAGCAUUCUGUGCGUCCAAGCUUGUAGAACUGCGGACCAAGACACGGAUAUUUGUUCCAGAUGGAAGAUCCUUGAUGGGAUGUCUAGAUGAAACCCGGACAUUGGAAUACGGUCAAGUAUAUGUGCAAUGUUCCCGCCGGAAGACCUUUGGCUGCAAUAGGAGCGAUACUUCAAGUGAUGACAAUUUUAUUGUCCGGGGAAAAGUAGUGGUUGCCAAAAACCCCUGUUUACACCCAGGGGAUGUUCGCGUUCUUGAGGCUGUGAACGUGCCGGCAUUGCACCACAUGGUGGAUUGUGUAGUUUUCCCUCAGAAAGGAAAGAGACCUCAUCCCAAUGAAUGCUCGGGAAGUGAUUUAGAUGGAGAUUUUUACUUUGUCAGUUGGGACCCUGAUCUAAUUCCUCCUCUGCAAGUUCGACCCAUGAAUUAUACCCCAGCACAGACUAUUAAAUUGGAUCAUGAUGUGACAAUGGAGGAGGUUGAGGAAUCCUUUACCAACUUCAUAGUGAACGACAACUUGGGGAUAAUUUGUAAUGCACAUAUUGUCUUUGCAGACAGAGAGCACUGGAAGGCUAGCAGUGCUUCAUGCAUCGAGCUCGCCCAUCUCAACUCGCAUGCUGUCGACUCUCCGAAGACUGGUGUGGUAGUGAAAGUGCCAAGCCACCUUCGUGUCCAUGAAUACCCUGAUUUUAUGGAAAAGUUUGAUAAACCCACCUACGAGUCCAAGCGUGUGAUUGGGCAGCUUUUCCGACAGGUGAAAGAUCUUGAGCUUGCAUCAGAUUCACCUUCAAACUCGGCCACGAUUAAAGCCUUCACUAUGGAAGUGGCUUUGAAGUUCUAUGACACUGACAUGGAGGUAGAUGGAUUUGAAAACUACGUCAAAGAUGCCAUCAAUUACAAAAGGGAAUAUGACUACAAGCUUGGAAACCUGAUAGAUGACUACGGUUUCAAAACUGAAGCAGAAAUACUAACUGGGAGCAUCACUGCAGUAUCAAAAAGAUUCAAUGGGGAAAACGACUUGGAGUCAAUUCAUUACGCUCUAAAGGCAUUGAAAAAGGAAGCUAGGAACUGGUUUGAUGAGAAGCUGGGAAGUGAUAUGCAGUCCGAUACGAACCCUGAUAUCAAUGAUGAACAUGCAGCAAAAGCAUCGGCUUGGUAUCAUGUUACAUAUCAUCCUCGUUACUGGGGUUGCGGCAACAAGGGAAUGGAAAGAGAUCAUUUCCUAAGCUUUCCAUGGUGUGUGUUUGACAAGCUCGUACAGAUCAAGAGGAGCAAACACUUAUGAGAAAUUCUCUACUUAAUCAUGUCAUUGUAAGUUCUUUCAAGUCUUCGAAUCUCAAAUACUAACCUUGAUCAGACAUUGUGAAUAAGGAUCUUCUUCAUUGUGAAUAAGGAUCUUCUUCUCC